ACAACCGGAGAAGUUUCACUCUGCAUUAGUUUGUUUGUCUUGCACCUGAACAAGAACACGCUUUAAAUCUUAGUUUCUACUAUAAUUAAGCAUUGCAUAAACAAUUUAAGCUUGUUUUUGACUUUAUUGAGGACUGUCCCAUCAUGCGUCUCCACUCGCUCCUGUGCGUAAUGCUCCUGCUGCUCUGCCCGGCUCUGAUCUCCGCCUCCGGGAAGACCAAACGCUUCGCCAUCGGCUGCUCGGAGAAGUGCGACAAGUCCCAGUGCGCCCCGGUCCCCGCGGACUGCCUGGCCGGGGACGCGCUGGACCGCUGCGACUGCUGCCCGGUCUGCGCGUCCGGAGAGGGCGAGCCGUGCGGCGGCACCGGGGACCGGGAGUGCGCCGAGGGGAUGGAGUGCGUGGUGACCGACGGCGUGGAGAUGUCGGCCACCGUCAGGCGCAGGGGCAAGGCCGGCGCGUGCGUGUGCACCAGCUCGGACCCGGUGUGCGGCAGCGACGGGGUCUCCUACCGGAACAUCUGCGAGCUGAAGCGCGUCAGUAACCGGGCCAUGAAGCUGCAGCAGCCGCCGGUCAUCUUCAUCCAGAGAGGAGCCUGUGGGAAAGCUCAGCAGAACCCCGACAGUCUCCGCUACAAGUACAACUUCAUCGCUGACGUGGUGGAGAAGAUCGCUCCUGCUGUCGUUCAUAUUGAACUUUACCGCAAGAUGAUCUUUUCGAAGCGGGAGGUUGCCGUGGCCAGCGGCUCCGGCUUCGUCGUGUCUGAGGACGGACUCAUCGUCACCAACGCUCACGUGGUCGCCAACAAGCACCGAGUCAAGGUGGAGCUAAAGAGCGGAGCCACAUUUGACGCUAAGAUCAAAGAUGUGGACGAGAAGGCCGACAUCGCUCUGAUCCAGAUCGAAGCACCGAUGAAGCUUCCCGUGCUGCUGCUCGGCCGUUCGGCUGAUCUUCGUCCCGGAGAGUUCGUGGUGGCGAUCGGCAGCCCGUUCUCCCUGCAGAACACCGUCACCACCGGCAUCGUCAGCACCACCCAGAGAGGAGGCAAGGAGCUGGGGCUACGCAACUCUGACAUGGACUACAUCCAGACGGACGCCAUCAUCAACUACGGCAACUCAGGAGGGCCACUAGUCAAUCUGGAUGGAGAGGUGAUUGGUAUCAACACUCUGAAGGUGACAGCAGGAAUCUCUUUCGCCAUCCCGUCAGACAAGAUCAGACAGUUCCUGACGGAGUCAUACGACAGACAGGCCAAAGGUAAAACAUACCAGAAGAAGAAAUAUAUUGGUGUCCGAAUGAUGAGUCUCACAUCAUCGCUGGCCACGGAGCUGAAGGAGAAGCUGUCCGACUUCCCUGAUCUCACCUCCGGGGCGUACGUCAUCGAGGUCAUCAGCCGGACGCCAGCCGAGGCCGCCGGCCUGCAGGAGUCUGACAUCAUCAUCAGCAUCAACGGCGAGCGGAUCACCUCGGCCAGUGAUGUCAGCGCCGCCAUAAAGCGUGACGAGACGCUGCGGACGGUGGUGAGGCGCGGCAACGAGGACGUCAUCCUCACCAUCACGCCCGAGGAGGUGGAGCCUUGACCUCUCCACCAAUCACAGACUGGCUCAGUGGUUUUCAACCAAUCAUGAACACUUUGAAGAACUCAGAAACCAACAGGGUGUGUGUGUGUGUCUGAGGCCACGCCCACUGUGUUUUUUAGCACUACUGCUGCUCCGCCAUGCUGUUAAUGCUCCAAACCAGCUUCAAGACUCCAGACCACUUCAUGACCAACUGACGCUUCAAAAUCUGUCUGUCAGUCGUUAUUUCCAUUUUUAAUUGGCAAUCAAAACUCAAAUUAUGAAAAAUUGACUGGUUAUUUUGUUAUUUGCUUUUUAUUAUAAGACAAAAAACAAAACAAAAACCCUGU